UCCCCCGCCCCCCGCCGCCUUGGCGCCCAGAGCUCGUUCGGGCCCAGCGGGAGCGCGCGCCGCAGGCAUUCGAGACGGGGCGUUGAGAAGCCGGGCUAGAGCGUCGCGGAGUCGGAGGCAAGAGCCCGAGCCCGAAGCCGCGCGCUUGUGUCUCCGCCGCGUCCGCCGAGGCCCCCGGAGCGUCAGGGACAAAGCCGCUGCCGCCGCCGCUGCCGCUCCGCUCCCGCUUUCGCCGGGGCCCAUCCGCCGCCGCCGCCCUGAGGAGAGCCCGCCGCCGCCGCCGCCUUCCCCGCGGAUCCCCGAGCCAUGUCGGCCAGCAGCCUCCUGGAGCAGAGACCGAAAGGUCAAGGCAACAAAGUACAAAAUGGAUCUGUGCAUCAGAAGGAUGGAUUAAAUGAUGAUGAUUUCGAACCCUACUUGAGUCCACAGGCAAGGCCCAAUAAUGCAUAUACAGCCAUGUCAGACUCUUAUCUACCAAGCUACUACAGUCCUUCAAUAGGCUUCUCCUAUUCAUUGGGUGAAGCUGCCUGGUCUACUGGGGGUGACCCACCAAUGCCCUACUUAACAUCUUAUGGACAGCUCAGCAAUGGAGAGCCCCACUUUCUACCAGAUGCUAUGUUUGGACAGCCAGGGGCUCUAGGCAGCACUCCAUUUCUUGGUCAGCAUGGUUUUAAUUUCUUUCCCAGUGGGAUUGACUUCUCAGCUUGGGGGAAUAACAGUUCUCAGGGACAGUCUACUCAGAGCUCUGGAUAUAGUAGCAAUUAUGCUUAUGCACCUAGCUCCUUAGGUGGAGCCAUGAUUGAUGGACAGUCAGCUUUUGCCAAUGAGACCCUGAAUAAGGCUCCUGGUAUGAAUACUAUAGACCAAGGGAUGGCAGCGCUGAAGCUGGGCAGCACAGAUGUUACAAGCAGUGUUCCAAAAGUUGUUGGCUCUGCAGUUGGCAGUGGAUCCAUUACUAGUAACAUAGUGGCAUCCAAUAGUUUGCCACCAGCCACUAUUGCUCCUCCCAAACCAACAUCUUGGGCUGAUAUUGCUAGUAAGCCUGCAAAGCAACAGCCCAAGCUGAAGACCAAGAAUGGCAUGGCAGGGUCAAGUCUUCCACCACCCCCAAUAAAACAUAACAUGGAUAUUGGAACUUGGGAUAAUAAGGGUCCAGUAGCAAAAGCCCCCUCCCAGGCAUUGGUUCAGAAUAUUGGUCAGCAGCCAACCCAGGGAUCACCUCAGCCCGUAGGUCAGCAGAUAAACAAUAGCCCACCAGUGGUGCAGGCUGCGGCAGGCCAACAACCACAGCCUUUGCCUCCACCACCACCGCCCCAGCCUACCCAGCUUUCUGUGCAACAACAAGCAGCCCAGCCCACCCGUUGGGUAGCACCCCGGAACCGUGGCAAUGGGUUUGGGCAUAAUGGGGUGGAUGGUAAUGGAGUGGGGCAGUCUCAGAACAAUUCCGGGUCUGCUCCUUCAGAACCCCACCCAGUGUUGGAGAAGCUGAGGUCCAUCAACAAUUAUAAUCCCAAGGAUUUUGACUGGAAUCUGAAACAUGGCCGGGUUUUCAUCAUCAAGAGUUACUCUGAGGACGAUAUCCACCGUUCCAUUAAAUAUAAUAUCUGGUGCAGCACAGAACACGGCAAUAAGAGACUGGACGCUGCUUAUCGCUCCAUGAACGGGAAAGGCCCCGUUUACUUACUUUUCAGUGUCAACGGCAGUGGACACUUCUGUGGCGUAGCAGAAAUGAAAUCUGCUGUGGACUACAACACAUGUGCAGGUGUGUGGUCCCAGGACAAAUGGAAGGGACGGUUUGAUGUCAGGUGGAUUUUUGUGAAGGACGUUCCCAAUAGCCAGCUGCGGCACAUUCGCCUAGAGAACAACGAGAAUAAACCAGUGACCAACUCCAGAGACACUCAGGAAGUGCCCCUGGAAAAGGCAAAGCAGGUGUUGAAAAUCAUUGCCAGCUACAAGCACACCACCUCCAUUUUUGAUGACUUCUCACACUAUGAGAAACGCCAAGAGGAGGAGGAAAAUGUUAAAAAGGUCCAGCUGUUCUUCCUGAUGUCAUCUUAAGUGCCAUUUCCACUUUUAGCACAUCAAAGAAUUGAGGAACGCCAAGGUCGUGUGAAAUAAAGGCAGCUCUCCUGCAAAGACUGCAGCAACGGUUGCACCUGAAUAUCCUUCUGAGAGAAAGAAGAGAAAUGACCUUUGAAAGAAUUAGGACUUUUUUUCUUAAUUUCAUUGACUUCAAAGAGACGAUUGCAGACUUGCAGUUAAAAGUAUUGGAAUUUCACAAAAGACAUAGGACUUAACUGGAAAAGAAAAAAAAAAGAAAAAAAAAGAAAAAACUAAACAAAAAUUCCCUCUAGGUAGUUUAGGUGAAAAAAACGUCCCCUUUAUUUUGCCUUUGGUUGUGAUUUCAGAGCAUAAUGCUUUGUUUUUUGUCUUUUUACUAUGUUUUUCGGAUUUUAAGGUCCGUAAGUGGCAUACAGUUUUUCUCUAAUUUUUAAACCCUUUCCUCCCCCCAUUUUGACAUUUGCACUUGGAACACCGAGUUGUGAAGGUUUUGGACAUCCACCCCAAAAAGUGGAAUUGGUUUUUCCUUUCCGAACUGGAAGAACAUUUUUAUGAAGAAUUUUUUGUCUAGAAGAAUUGAGCAGAGUGUUACCCAAGGUUGUGUCUCUGAGGGUGGUUCAUUUUCUCUGACCCUUUGUUACUCAAAGUAAAGUACUAGGAGUCCUAAGAAAUGUUCUGUUCUUGUACAUUAUACAGAUUAAGUCAGGAUUAAUUUGAUUUCAAAGCUAAGAACAGUGGUAAAAACUUGUUUACAGAAAAUGCAUUUUGGAAGAGAAAAAUAUUGUAAAAUGUGUAGUGAAUGUUUCUUCAGUUUCUUGUUCAGCCAAUGAGGAAAGGGCACUGCCUUUCUUUUUACCAUUAAUCACUUCUCAAUAAUAAACGUGAGAUCCUGUUGAGCAUCA